UUACUUUCCACUGCAUCCCGCUAAAUUCUCAGCCUCGUCCCUCACAACGCAACCUCACUUCCACCCACCACAACUACGAACAACCGUUUCUCGACUGAGGUGCUCUUCCCAUCCUCGUCGCAUUGCUACCUUCUACCUAAAGACGAUAACCACACAUACGAAAAUACGCAGCAAGAUAUCGCGGGGGACCUGUACCCAAAAUGGCUCCGAUAGACAAACCAACCCCCGAAGAGCUGGAACAGCAACUAAAAGACACAAUCCAAGACCUCUACCAAAUCCUAGUCCAAGUAACAACCUACAACGCGACCCCUUCCGCGCCCACCGCACCCGCCCUCGCAGACUCGGUCCAAGCCCUCUCGCACUCCCUCCAGCGCGUCCACAUGACCGCGACAGCAGGCGCCCCGCCCUCCCCCGACCUCCCCGGCGCGCUGCCCAAAAUCCCGCCCGAGCUGGUGCAGUACGUCGAGAACGGGCGGAACCCGGACAUCUACACGCGCGAGUUUGUGGAGCUUGUGAGGCGCGGGAACCAGCUCAUGAAGGGCAAGAUGAAUGCGUUUGCGCAGUUUCGCGAUGUGCUUGCGGAUCACGUCGAGAGGGGCAUGCCGGAGUUGAGGGAGGGUGUUGGGCGGGUGCUGGAGGGGGGCAAGGUUGUGGGGAGCGGGAAGCCUGGUGGUGGGCUGUGAGGUGCGCUGUUUUUCGGGGGAAGGGGGGGUGGUUUGUUUUACGAGCUUCGGGAGAGGCCUUGAGAGGAUCAAGACAUGAGGUUCUUCGGGGGAAACCCGGGCAGACGAAAUGAGCGCAAGUUGGAGACGACCAAGGGCCAGGGUUGGAUACCCAGUGGUGAAGGCGCAUCGAGAGAGUUUGAUACCCAGAGACGGACAGAGUCG